UUACAUACUCAUUCCAGUACACACACCACCUCAUUAUCUUUCACCUUUCCUUUCCUUUGUUCUGUACCUCUUUCUCUUUUGAAAAUGUUCUCUCAUCUUUUUAAGUCCCUUAUCAAUCUAGAACCACUAGCUACCUAGCUUAAUUAUCUUCUUGCUAUAUACACCUCCCUUAGCUAGUUUGAUACCUGAAUGCCUGAAAACAUGAGCAUAUCUGUUAAUGGACAAUCUCAAGUUCCACCUGGAUUCAGGUUUCAUCCAACUGAAGAAGAGCUUUUACAAUACUAUUUAAGGAAAAAAGUCUCUUAUGAGAAGAUCGACCUUGAUGUUAUUCGUGAUGUUGAUCUCAAUAAGCUUGAACCAUGGGAUAUACAAGAGAAAUGCAAAAUAGGUACAACUCCACAAAAUGAUUGGUACUUCUUUAGCCACAAAGAUAAGAAGUAUCCAACCGGAACGCGAACGAAUCGCGCCACGGCUGUUGGUUUCUGGAAAGCCACCGGUCGGGACAAAGUUAUAUAUAGUAAUGGAAAAAGAAUUGGAAUGAGAAAAACUUUGGUUUUCUAUAAAGGUCGCGCCCCUCAUGGCCAAAAGUCGGAUUGGAUCAUGCAUGAAUACCGACUAGAUGAUAACACCACCAACGACACCAAUCUGGUGUCAAAUGUGAUUGGUGAUGGUGGUCAAGAAGAAGGAUGGGUGGUGUGUAGGAUAUUCAAGAAGAAGAAUCAUCUCAAAACCCUAGAUAGCCCAUUAGGGUCAUCAAUUUCUGGAGAUGGAAGAAGAAACCACCUCAUGUAUGAUCCUUGUGAUGAUGAGGGAGCUUUAGAGCAAAUACUUCGACAAAUGGGAAGAGGUUGCAAAGAAGAGAAUUAUGAAGCAAAUUGCAAUAAUAAUUAUGAAAGGUUUGCAAGACCUUUUGACCACACUAACCUCAACAACAUGAAUGGUGGUAAUUAUAAUAAUGAAAGGUUCAUGAAACUUCCAAGUUUAGAGAGUCCAAAAUCAACAAGCAUGGAGAACAAUGAGAACAACAAUAAUAAUGGGUACCAUGCAAUUAUUCAAGAAAAUGAAGGGUCAUUCACUAAUAACCAUAACAACAUGGUGAAUCCAUUAGAGACAUCAUCAUCAUCAACACAAAUGGUUAGUGGCCUCACUAAUUGGGUAGCUUUGGAUAGACUUGUUGCUUCUCAACUCAAUGGACAAACUGAGGCUACUAGACAAUUGGCUUGUUUCAAUGACCCCACUAUUGGAUAUUGCACUAAUGAUCAUCAUGAUCUUCAAUUUCCAACCCUUAGAUCAUCAUCAUCAACUUCAUCAAUAUCAAUACAUGCUAAAGCAACAACUUCAACUACUACUUCUACUUACAUUACUCCCUCACAAGACUAUACUAGUGAGAUUGACCUUUGGAACUUUGCUCGAUCAACUUCAUCCUUGUUGUCAUCUUCUGAACCAAUAUGCCACGUGUCUAACACAUCAGUGUAAUUGUGUAAAAUAAAAUAAAAUAAAAAUUCUCUUUAUUUUUCUUCCCUUGUUGGAUUGUUAAAUAGAUAAAUAAUUAGUCUUUGAUAUCAUGUAUAUCAUGUUUAUUUUAUUUUCAAGUCAAAAAGGGAUUAUAUAUAUUAUUACAAAAUUUGUUACAUGGGAUAUUAAUGUUUUUAUAUAGUGUAUACACAUUACUUGAA